GUAACCAGUAUUAUUGUAUUACUCUAAAUUCUACGUCACGCACAAUUAAAGCACCAAUAACAAUGCAAAAUGACUUCAAAUUGCAUUAUCUCGUAAGCGAUACGAGUAAAUUGGGCAUUCUCAUAAUACACUCCACUGGUUGUCGAGUUGUGAGUAUUUGGCCCCAAGUACACGGAAAGAUCAGGCUGAGGCUGAGGGUGCUUUGUGUGAGUGCGAUCUGAAGUGCUAGCUAGGGUUAUACCAUGGCAAAAAGGGUCUUGUACAAGGAUUUGGUUCCUUUUGGGGCCAUGGUGGCCACAGAGUGCCUCAACGUUGCCUUGAAUACGCUGUUCAAAGCAGCUACCUUGAGAGGGAUGAGUUACCAUGUCUUUGUUGUUUAUGCUUAUGCUGUUGCUGCUAUUGUUCUCAUUCCUGCACCCUUUAUCUCCCAAAGAUCAAGAGUGCUUCCUCCGCUCAGUUUCCCCCUACUACGCAAAAUUGGUCUUCUUGGGCUAAUAGGGUGUGCAUCUCAGAUCGUGGGAUACACUGGCAUCAAUUUCAGUUCCCCCACUCUCUCCUCGGCAAUAAGCAACUUGGUGCCCGCUUUUACUUUUUUGCUUGCCAUCAUUUUCAGGAUGGAAAAGGUGAUUGUAAGAAAUACAAGUUGCCAAGCCAAGGUAUUGGGUACCAUAGUAUCAAUAACCGGAGCAUUCGUAGUGACCCUCUACAAAGGACCACCAAUCAUCAUUGUUCAUACACCUUCCUUGUCACUUCAUCAACCAAUUAACACUCUCAAUUUGGUAGAUCCAAGUUGGGCAAUUGGUGGCCUUCUACUGACAGCAGAGUAUAUUCUGGUUCCAUUGUGGUACAUUGUACAGGUGCAAAUCAUGAAGGUGUACCCCAAUGAACUAAUUGUCAUCUUCUUUUACAAUUUAUGUGUUAGCAUUAUGGCUGCAAUUGUAGCUAUAUUUACUGAGACAAAUGCAGGCGCUUGGAAAAUAGGAGUGGAUACAGCAUUGGCUUCCAUAGUUUGCUCUGGAAUUUUUGGUUCAUUCGUGAACAAUGUAGUUCACACAUGGGUACUGCGUAUAAAGGGGCCUGUCUAUGUAGCAAUGUUCAAGCCACUCUCAAUUGCCAUAGCUGUUGCCUUGGGAGUCAUGUUCCUGGGUGAUACACUCCACCUUGGAAGUAUAGUUGGAGCCACAAUUAUAUCGAUUGGAUUUUAUACUGUAAUGUGGGGAAAAGCAACCGAAGAGAAUGUGGGGGAAGAUGUCCCUGGCCAGCAAUCACCAACCACAGAAAACGUUCCUCUCUUGCAAAGCUGUAAAACUGAUACAGCUGAGAAGAAAAUGCAUGGAAGUGUAUAAAUGACAAACAAAACUGUUCAUAAAUCUUAACAUUAUUGAAAUUACACGAAAUAGCAAAGAAAAGCAUGGUUUUGUUAUCCCCCAAGCUGACCAUGCAACGCCAAUAGCAAAGUAGGUACCCACUCCUCUAGAGACUAGAGUCUAGAGGACAGCAUAUGUAAGAAAUAGUUAAAGUGUUCAACUAAUCUCCAUUCACCACGUAAACGAACCUUCCUACAAGUUGGUGUACGAACACUCACAAAUGACAACGGAGCAACUUCCCUUUCCCUGUUUCUUGUAACAACUCAUCCACAUUAUGUUUUAUAAAAUCUGCCAAGAUUCUGUAACAUCCCCAAAAAAUUUUAAGUAUUUUUAUUUAUUUACUA